CCGAAGCAGCGGCCCCCGAGGCUAUAAACCGGCCGGCCCCCCUCUUGCCCGGCUCGGCAGGGAGGCAGGCAGGCAUGGGGGUGCUGCAGCGCUGCCUGGCGCGGGGACAUUGGCGCUUGGGGAGCCUCCAGCCGCUGGCCGCUGCGCCCUGCCUUCGCCUUCCCGGAGCGCGGCUAUACGGCUUGGGCGUAGCUGAGCUGCAGGAGCGCACGUUGAUCGCAGUGAAGCCGGACGGAGUCCAGAGGAGGUUGGUGGGAGACGUCAUCAAACGCUUUGAGAAACGGGGAUUUAAACUGGUGGGACUCAAGUUGCUCCAGGCCACCGAAGGGAUCCUUGCUGAUCAUUACCACGAGCUACGCCGGAAGCCGUUUUACCAUGAUCUGCUUCAGUACAUGACCUCUGGGCCUGUCGUUGCCAUGCCCUUUCUUUGCUUGGCAGGCGUAGCUGAGCUGCAGGAGCGCACGUUGAUCGCAGUGAAGCCGGACGGAGUCCAGAGGAGGUUGGUGGGAGACGUCAUCAAACGCUUUGAGAAACGGGGAUUUAAACUGGUGGGACUCAAGUUGCUCCAGGCCACCGAAGGGAUCCUUGCUGAUCAUUACCACGAGCUACGCCGGAAGCCAUUUUACCACGAUCUGCUUCAGUACAUGACCUCUGGGCCUGUCGUUGCCAUGGUGUGGGAAGGUUAUAACGUUGUCAAGACUUCCAGGGCCAUGGUGGGAGAGACCAAUCCGGUUGAAGCCAAGCCAGGCACUGUCCGGGGUGAUUUCAGUGUCCACGUUAGCAGGAACGUCGUCCAUGCCAGCGACUCGGUGGAGACGGCGCAGCGAGAAAUCAGUCUUUGGUUUCGCAGCAACGAGCUGAUCAGCUGGGAUUGUUGUGAUCAUAAGGUCAUGUAUGAACCAUGACGUGGCCUCUCCCAUUUCCGGACAUGGGAUCUACUACCUCGGGCUCACUCACUUGUUGCCUUCCUGGAAGAUCGGGUGUUUUUCAGCCUGUUUUUUCAUCCCAGAUUUCAAUCUUGGUGGUCUUUGAGAGGAGGCGAACCACGUGCCAAGACUUUGCUCAAGGCAGAAGACUGUGUCAGGUCUCUUCCAAUGCCCAUUUUGCCAACUAUCCAGGACCGUGCUGUUAUUUUCGGAGUAUGGUUCUUCAUGGGAUAUUCAUUAAAAAGAAG